AUGGCUUCUUCGCAACAAGGGGAAGAACUAGAGGUAAACAUUGACAAUCCACAUCAGAUGGGCUUUAUGAAGAAAAUCAGUGAUGCUGAUUCAAUCAAGUUGGAAAAGAGAACUCUGGAAGAAAAAUUCAAGAAUAUCAAGGAGGUCAAGACUGGUCGGAGGGACCAUGUAUCCUCAGGAUCUGGAAAGGGAAGAGUCAACAUCAAUUUGGAAAAAGUUACUGAGGAAGAUCUGACAUUGAAUCAGAAAGAAAAAGUUGAAAGAGAGAAGAUGUAUAGGGAACUUGAUAAACUCAAUGCCCUCAGGCAAAAGCUAGAUGUUGAGGAGGCCGAAGCCAGGAAUUCAGAAAUGAUUCUUGAGAAUAAGAAAGCUUUAUUUCCGGCCUGGACUCUUGAAUAA